AUGCGCGUCUUCAUCACGGACUUGGGCUCGUCACUCUCGACCGAGUUGGCUCGCAACUGCCAGGAUGCAGGACUCGAGGUCGUGGGCACGGCCGCGCGCGGUGGCAAGUCCGAGCUGGCGGCGCUCAAGCGCCAGCUGCAGAGCCACCCGAGCAGCGACGUCGAGGGGGCCGUCAAGGAGCCCGUCGCUCUCCAGAGCGACCCAACAGCGUGGCGUCGACUUGUGCAGAUCGCGGACGUGGUCGUAGUCACCGCUUUGGUGAGCGACCCGAAGCUCGCCAUGGAGACGCUCAAAGCUUUCGAGAAACGCGGAGCGACGAAAGGUGACGAGGACGCGAAUGAAGGCGAAGGAGAGAGCGUGAAGCGCUUCAUCACCGUGUCCUCGGUGUUGUCGUGGAGCAAGAACGCGCCAUUCGCUGCUUCGGGCGCCGGUGCGGCCCACGUCGAGGACGACUUCAAGUCGCGCCGGCCAGCGCGCAAGUACGCGGACCUCAAAACUGCCGAGACGCAGAUCUUGAGCGCGCAUCGCACCGGAGAGCUUGAAACCUGCAUCGUAGGCGCUGGACUCGUGUACGGUGGGGCACAGUCGCAACUUCAACUGAUCUUCCGCGAGGCCUGGUUGAAUCCGGAUCGGCCGCUUUUGGUGCCGAGCCUUGCCGCCGCUACUCAGCCCACGAGUCAAGGUCGGAAUCUGCUGCCCAUGAUCAGUCUCUACGACCUGGCGCUCCUGGUUUUCCGCGUGGCAGCGUCGCCGUCACCACCUCCGAAGAAAUACCUACUGGUGGUGGACAAGACCAGCGGCAGCACGACCCUGCGCGACGUGUGCCGAGGAGUCAGCACCUUGCUCGCCUCGGGACACGUACGUGAUCGCGACGACUCUACUAGUGCCGCUGAUGCUGAAGCUGACGCACUGCUGCUGGAUGAGGAGGAGGAACUCGUAGCACCGCUUCAACUUCACCUGCGCUUCGACACGUCCGCUGGAGCGAUGCAUUCGCUGGUGGCACCGGAAGAGUGGCGCCACUACUCGCGAGGUCUACUAGGAAACUUGGCCUUCUUCGUGGACGACUUCGUCCACGCGAUGGACUUGCGUCCGCUGCGCACGGUCGUCCUGGGAGCACCUCGUGCUGGUAAAACUCUGCUUAGUCGGCGGCUUGCGAGAGAUUACUAUCUGCCGUAUCUCGACGGAGGGCAGCAAGACAACGACGAGACUCAGAAGUUGCGCGACGAGCUGCAGCAGUGGGCUCCGACUUCAGCCGGUGGCUCGAGUGAGAAUAUCAAUCAGCUCCCUGAAGCCGCGCUGGUAGCUUUGCUGCGUUGGAAGCUGUGCAGUGCUGCGUGCCGAAACCAGGGAUACGUGCUUGAUGGGCUCCCGAUCUCGGCGGCCCAGGCAGAAUUAUUCUUCGCGCCGGAGCCUACUGGCGAUGGCAACCCUGACGGGGAAGGCGAAGGCUCAGGAACUACCGCGCCUGUAGUAGAUAUCGAGGCUGUACUGGCACGUUUGAAGCCCCGACGUCUCGUUCUCGCGCCCAACCGAGUGAUGGUGCUGCAGGCCCCACGGACUCUGCUGGAGAUUCGCGCGCAGUCGUUGUCAGAGGCUGAAGCGGAGCGCACGGAGAACACGCAAGACGCAUUUGCUCGUCGUUUCGACGAGUUCGAGGCCAACAUUGAAGCUCUGGAGGCUGUGUUCGAGAAGCCAAAGCAUAAUCCCGAUGUGGCUGAGCAGAAGACGAGCUCUGCCGAAGGUGUGGAGGUGCUGGAACUGACUUUGAAAGACGACCAUGCUUAUCGUGACGAAGCCGCGUUCACGGCUCCCGUCCAGCGCUACAUGGAGCAAGGAGGUCGAGCUCCUCGCAACUUUCACCCUACGCGCGCUGAGCUGCGCGAACAGCGUCGCGCAGCAGAGAAGCAAGCUCGUGAAGCUGAAAUCCGUGCAGCCCAGCGCACUCAGGAGCAGGACGCUCAGGACGAGGCUGCUCAACAGGCAAAACUCGCUCGGGAACGCGCACGGCUUGAGUUGCUACAACGCGAGGAAGCCGAACUGCUUGAGACUCGAGCGAAGCCUCUGAGGGCGUAUCUCAUGGACACCGUCUUGCCAGCUCUCACCGAGGGGAUGCUGGAAGUCGUCAAGGUGCAGCCGACCGAUCCCAUAGAUUAUCUGGCCGAGUUUCUCUUUCGCAAAGGCCAGGAGCUAGAUGACGAAGCGAAGGAAGACUAA